AUGCUCCCCUACGCUUGCGUCCUGGUGCUUUUGGGAGCCCGCACCGCAGAGGUGGCUGGGAUGGCAAGGGGUGGCCACCUGCCCUGGGAACCAUCCUGCCAGCAGCCCCUGCCCCACACUGCGCUACUGCCCCCACGCCUUGAAGGGCCCUGGGUCUCCACUGGCUGCGAGGUGCGCCCGGGCCCGGAGUUCCUCACGCGCUUCUACACCUUCUCGGCCACGCGCCUCUUCCGCGCCUACCAGUUCUACUACUGGGACCCGUCGUGCCGCCAGCCCGCCCUCUCCCUGCUCAUCAAGGGCAGCCUGCGCCUGCGCCGGGCCUCCUGGGUCACCCGAGGCGCCACCGAGGCCGACUACCGGCUGCACAAGGUGGGCGUCGUCUUCCACAGCCGCCGCGCCCUGCUCCGCGUCACCGGGCGUCUCGACCGCAGCCGGGCCGGCCGGGCCUGCGCGCGGCAGCUGCCCCCCGCGCGGGCCUGGCUGCCCGGGGCCCUGUACGAGCUGCUGAGCGCGCGGGCCGGCCGGGACUGCACGGCCGCGCUGGGCUUCACCAUGCACGAGCUCAGCCUGGUCCGCGUGCAGCGCCGCCUGCAGCCGCAGCCCCGGGCCGGGCCCCAGCUCGUGGAGGAGCUGUACCUGGGGGACAUCCACACCGACCGGGCGGAGAGGCGGCACUACCGGCCCACUGGCUACCAGCGCCCGCUGCAGAGCGCCCUGCACCACACUCGCCCCUGCCCGGCCUGCGUCCUCAUCGCGCGCUCGGACGAGCACCACCCGCCCGUGCUGCCCCCGCGGCCGGCGCUGCCCCUGCGCCUGCGGGGCCGCUGGGUCAGCCCCGGCUGCGAGGUGCGCCCCGCCGUGCUGUUCCUCACUAGGCUCUUCACCUUCCACGGGCACAACCGCUCCUGGGAAGGGUACUACCACCACUUCUCCGACCCGGCCUGCCGGCAGCCCACCUUCACCGUCUACGCAGCCGGCCGCUACACCAGGGGCACGCCAUCCGCCAAGGUCCGCGGCGGCACCGACCUGGUCUUCCAGGUCACACGGGCCCACGUGACGCCCAUGGACCAGGUCACCACGGCCAUGCUCAACUUCUCCGAGCCGAGCAGCUGCGGGGGCCCCGGGGCCUGGUCCCUGGGAACCGAGCGGGAUGUCACGGCCACCAACGGGUGCCUGCCGCUGGGCAUCAGACUCCCCCACGUGGAGUAUGAGCUUUUCAAGAUGGAGCAAGACCCCCUCGGGCAAAGCCUGCUUUUCAUCGGACAAAGGCCCACAGAUGGGUCGAGUCCCGACACCCCCGAGAAGCGCCCCACGUCCUACCAGGCGCCCCUGGUUCUCUGUGACGGGGUGGCCCCAGACUUCUCCAGGCCCCAGCCUCACAGGCCUCUGCUGCAGAAGCCUCUGGGCGGUGGGGGGCCGUGUCCUCAAGGGGUCCCUCUUCACUCUCUGCUCCUAGUUGUGGGGCUGGCCUUUCUCCAGUGGUUAUGAAAUCGGUCCACUUCCAGAGGCUCCUCGGGCGUCCAUCUGACUCUGCAGACUGCCCCGCACGGCCCCUCCGUCCACCCGUGAGGAGGGGCCAGUCCUGUCCCCCUUCUCUGUCAUGGACACUACAUGGCCCAGCUGCUGCCAGCUCAGCCUGCAUCCCCGGGGCUCGGCACCUGAGUUCAGCAGCGCCUGCAAAGUCUAGACUACGGCCGGCGACCGAGCCCUGCCCAUGGGUGGCGAGGCAGUAGCCAUUGCUGCGAGUUUCUAAACGCUCACUCCCGGAGUCCGUGGGCAGUUGAGGACCAGUGGCGGGAGCCGACCGCACCGGGCCUCCCCGCCCAGUGGCACCCCCUUCUCUCCCUGCGCCCCUGGGAUUGAGUGAGACGGGGGUGAAGUUCCGCCUGGGGAUACCGCUACUGCUCUGCCAUGUCUGUGUUGUUAUUUAAAGAUUAUUAAUUCUAAUUUAGCAAUACAAACUCAAACCGGAGCCAUGAAUUAAAGAUGCUGCUUCGGGCUUUCCGUCGUCCUCAGCUGUCUGGCAGAGGGCUCGUCUCUUCGGGGGCCACUCGCUUUCUUGAGCUUUCACUGCUGGCAUUUGUCUGCAGCUGCCUGUGCUUCUGCGAGUCAGGCCUCAAGCUGUCAACACCGCGCACGGUAAGCCAGCCCUGCCGGGCCGGCGUGCCAGCAAAGGCGGCUCGUCCGGGCGAGACCCGCGGCCCC